CACCUCUCUCUCGCUAGCUGCUCGCGUUGUUCGAGUACGAGCGAGCAAAGUUAUUAGCUUGUCCCAAACCUCCUUCCAUCGCACAUCGGCUAGCUACCGCUCUAUAAAGCUUGCAACCCCUACACUCUCUGCCUCACACUGCACAUCCAUAUCGACGACGACGAUCUAGCUAGCCUGCUUGAGAUCUCCAUUUUUACCCACGCGCGAUCGCGAUCGCACUGUUCUUCUUCUUCCUCGCUCCUACGUGCACGAUCGACUAGCGGCAUAUAUAUACUGCUGCUAGCUAACCGUACGCGCAGGUAUAGCGGCCGCAGCUGCGCACGAGUUCAUUCCUCACCUAGCUAGCCUGGUGAAACAAAAGCUAGCAGCUAGCUAGCAAGAGAGAUCAUAUAUAUCGAUCAAGCUAUCAGAAGAGGCGAUCGACGAGCUAGGACGAUGAUCGGGUGGGGCGACGUGUACAAGGUGGUGGCGGCGACGGUGCCGCUCUACUUCGCGCUGUUCCUGGGCUACGGCUCGGUGCGGUGGUGGCGCAUCUUCACGCGGGAGCAGUGCGACGCGGUGAACCGGCUGGUGGCCUUCUUCGCGCUGCCCUUCUUCACGUUCGAGUUCACGCUGCACACGGACCCGUUCCAGGUGAACUACCGCGCCGUGGCCGCCGACGUGAUCUCCAAGGCCGUGAUCGUGGGCGUGAUCGGCUGCUGGGCCGGCAGCAGGGUGGGCUCCGCGGGCAAGGGCAAGGGCGCCGUCGGCUGGUCCAUCACCGGGUUCUCGCUGUCCACGCUAACCAACUCCCUGGUGGUCGGCGUGCCCAUGGCCAGGGCCAUGUACGGCGAGUGGGCGCAGCAGCUCGUCGUCCAGCUCUCCGUCUUCCAGGCCAUCGUCUGGCUGACGCUCCUCCUCUUCGUGCUCGAGACCAGAAAGGCCGCCAUCGGCAUGUACGUCGUCCCCGGCGGCGCUGCUGACAGCGACGGCGGCGUGCCGGACUCGCCGGUCAAGGACAAGGACGUCGAGGCCGCUGCCGGCGAUCGUCGUCCCGCCGCCGGCCCUGCCGCUGCUGCCACCGUCGUGGUCGUCGUCCCCGUGAAGCCCUCGCUCUGGGCGCUCAUCAAGGUGGUGGCGCACAAGCUGUCGCGCAACCCCAACACGUACGCCAGCUUCGUCGGCAUCACCUGGGCCUGCGUCGCCAACAGGUACGCAUACGCUGCACAUCGAGCUGCCCAGCGCCUUCGAGGGGUCGGUGCUCAUCAUGUCCAAGUCGGGCACGGGAAUGGCCAUGUUCAGCAUGGGGCUGUUCAUGGCGCAGCAGGAGAAGGUGCUGGCGUGCGGGCCCAGCUUCGCGGCGCUGGGCCUGGUGCUCAAGUUCGCGCUCGGCCCGGCCGCCAUGGCCAUCGGCUCCAUCGCCGUCGGCCUCCGCGGCGACGUCCUCCGCGUCGCCAUCAUACAGGCCGCACUACCCCAAUCCAUCACAUCGUUCAUAUUUGCAAAAGAAUAUGGGUUGCACGCUGAUGUUCUUAGCACUGCGGUUAUUUUUGGGAUGCUUGUCUCCUUGCCGUUGCUAGUUGGAUUUUAUAUUGUUUUGGAACUAAUUAGAUAGAGGACGGGGCCGAGGGGGCAUAGCCUUUGAUACGUGACUGCCCUUGAAGCUGCCCAAACAAUCAUUAGACUAACAAGUGCUAAGAAGUGCCUCCUGCUUCCGUUCCAGCUCAUUGCACAAAAAUGCAAGGAGAGCUAUUGAGUAUUAUCUAAUAUAUGUUUUGACGUGUACUAUGUAAGAAGAAUGCUUAUUUCAUUCUCUUAUUCAAAUGAAUGUGUGACACGCACACUUGAUUAUGGCAUACAAGCCAACAAAAGUUUGCUCAUAUGGUAAUGUAUACAAGGAGAAAACUAAGAGACAAGAUUAGAAAAAGACUCCAACAACAUUACCUCA